CUUAGCUCCCAAAACUUCAGCUGCCAGACAUACCAGAUUGUCAUUCAGGCAUUUGGAAGCCAAAAGGCAUCCAUGGACAGAGACAAACAGCAAGCAGUCUUCACUCACUUCAUCAAACCUUUCCUGUCAAGAAAUGACUCAACAGAUCCUGGCUGUGUCUCAUCUAUCACGGGGAGCCAAGAGUGGCUAAAGGCAAACCUUGGCAAGUUCUCUGAUUAUGCAACUCUGCAGGACUUGCAAGCCUUCAAUCCGAAUUUAUCCACUGCUGAAUUGUUGUCAGUCCUCAGUCCUUCUCAGGUGGCACAGCUGCUACUGAGCUCUAGAGCCUCCAAUAACACAGAUUUGAUUGAUCGUGUGUUUGAGCGACUGGAAGAGGGCAACGCUCUGGAAAAUGUGGAUGAAUUCCUCACACAACUGAAAGCCAGUGAACAGAUCCCAGAUUUCCAGCCUGUUGUGAGAGAUCGGGUCAUGAAUAGGACCUUCAUCAUCAUCAGUCCACAUUUCUCCAGCUUCACGACAAAGGACUUUGAAAUUUGGUUCCAAGUGAAACUGAUUACCAUCCUUCAAGUUUUACUCCAGAAAUGCUCAAAAAUACAACCACAAACAUCAGCUGCACAAACUACCAAGUCAUUCAUCCAGGAGAUGCCACUGUACAGACGACAAGAGAUCACACAUGUUCUCCUGGGCUACCUAAGAAGUACUGAAAAUGCCAUCAAUGAGACAGGCUGGAUUGUUGUCAACACUCGAUCCCUCUGA